CACCUGAAGGCAGCUCCAUUGAGCGUCGCAUCAUAUUCUCCUCUCACCUAUAGAGACAUCAGUCUCUCCUCUGCUCUGCAGCCUGUGGCCCCCCAUGUGGCCCCCUCCUUUACCCGGACUGGACCGAUAAAUGGGUUAACUCUUGUCACCGGGAGUAGCCGAGAUAAACGCACCGGGAUUGUCAGGAGAUCCUCUUCCCAUCCCCAUAUCUCCUCUGCUCUGCUCUUUUGCCGAUCUGUGCUCAAAGCUGUGUUUCACCACCGGGCAUCAUCAUCGACACUGGCAUUGAAAUCGUCUUUUUUUUAUUCUAAGAGGCUCCAGCAGCAGCAGCAGCAGCAGCAACUCCGGUUGUUCUAGACCCAGACCCGUGGGCGGCUGGGUGGCGUCCGUCUGGGUUGAGCUGAUAGGACGAAGAUCUGGCUCUCUACCUACCAACUGCUUCAUCUCCAAAUAUCUCAACAAGAUAUGGCGAUGGAGAAGUGAGAUGUAGAAAAAAAAACGGAUGGGAGGCCAUUCAUUCAUGUGGGGUUUUGCGCUUGAGCUAUAAAAACGGACCAAUUCUCCUACUCCUCCUCCUCCUCACCUAUAACCAGUUGAUUAUUUUUUUUUUAAAUAACUACCCAAAAAGUGCGGAGCGCAUGACACAGUGGUGAAUCCCCGAGGCAGGUCCCAACACACACACACACAGACUGGAUGAGACUCCUCAAGAAGCGCAGGACGGAUGCAAACAGACUCAAACACAUCUUGGACAUUUGAAAGAGCCUCAGUGUUGUAACCGAGUGGCGUGAAUCUCACACCGGUGGGGGGGGUAGGACCAGUCGUGUCCACAGACAGAGACAGAUGCGCGCAGUGUGGCGGAUCCAACGUGGGUGUCCAACUCUUUAAACAUCCAACAAGCGACGUUUUUCAGACCAGCUGACAAGAAGAUCACACGUCCACAUCUCCUCUGCUGCUGCCUGGGCUGCUGUUGGUGGUGGGGUCAGAUAUAGAGCGUGUUUUGGAUGACCCAGGUUGACCUUCGUGAGAGACAGACGGCUGUAGGCGACAAGAUGGCCAGCACAUCCAUCGCCUCUGUGGAGGGAAUGUCUUUAGAGUGCUGCCUUGAUGGGGAGAAGAUGCCAUUCCACCAUGUGCGGGCGGGCCUGCUCUAUCCAGACAACUACCUGAGCAGCUCCCUGACGGAGGGCAGCGAAGCCUUCCAGCUCAACAGCAUCUCCACAGAGGAGCUCGGAGAGAUCCGUGAAGCGUUUCGUGUUUUGGAUCGGGAUGGGAAUGGUUUCAUCUCCAAACAGGAGCUGGGCAUGGCCAUGCGCUCCCUGGGUUACAUGCCCAGCGAAGUGGAGCUGGCCAUCAUCAUGCAGAGACUGGACAUGGAUGGGGACGGCCAGGUGGACUUUGAGGAGUUCAUGACGAUACUUGGGCCCAAACUGCUGUCAUCUGACAACAGAGAAGGAUUCCUGGGCAACACCAUCGACAACAUCUUCUGGCAGUUUGACAUGCAGCAGCUGUCUCUGGAUGAGCUGAAGCAGGUGCUGUUCCACGCCUUCCGGGACCACCUGACAAUGAAGGACAUAGAGAACAUCAUCAUCACCGAGGAGGAGAGCCUCAAUGAAACUGGGAACUGCCCUGAGUAUGAGGGAGUUCAUCCCAAGAAGAAGAAUCGACAGACGUGUGUCAGGAAAAGCCUGAUCUGCGCCUUCGCAAUGGCUUUCAUCAUCAGUGUCAUGCUCAUCGCAGCCAAUCAGAUGCUGCGGAACGGCAUGGAGUAACCAAUUGCACUGUGAGCAUGGGGAGUGGACAGAACAGCCAUGACCUCACAUCUUGUCUUUGCAGCCAAAGCAGGACCAGCCACAACCCGAGCACUUCUCUAAACAAUCAGUUGAGUUCUUUGAGUUUAAUUUGAACUUUAGAAGCAGACAACGCGAGUGAAACGAAGAGAGAUGUAAUUGUUUUGCGUUGAAGAUGUCACCAUGUAGAUACUGGACUUGCUUGGUCGCAAGGAACCUGAACUGGAAAAAGAAAUGUGUUUUUAUAUAAACCGUGAGAAAAAUAGAGGGUAUUAUUUUGCUGUUUUCAAGACCAAGACCGCCCUUUAAACUUGAUUUUCUAAUUACUGAAAAUGUUUAUAAGGUGCUUUGAGCCAUUCCUAAUUUAAAAAACAAACAGUGGUUAUUAUGGACAACUGCAUAUUUACCCUAGAGAAGUAGCGUUGAAUGUGAGUGAAUGUGGGCGCUGAAUGUUGGGAACAAUAUUUAAAUGCAUAGUAAAUCCCUCACAUCUCAUUUUGUGACGUAUAAACAUCACACUUUAUGUGAAACAUCGGCAUCCUCGACUCAGUCCACUAAUCUUGGGGCACAUUAAGUCUUUAUGUGUGUCUACAAGGAGCACAACUCAAUACUCAGUGAGGGACCAGUUAAGAAUCAUCACUGUCCCACUACGUAGCUCUACUGUUAAGUCUUAGCAGUGAUUGAUUGAUAGAUUGAUCACUUAACAUUUGUGUGGGUGUGCAAAAGACAGUACAUAAUGUAAGCUCAGGCUGCAGAAAGAGAUAUCAAAUCAAAUAACAGUGGAGCUAUGGUUUGGUUGUUAGUAGGACCAGAUAUUUUUAGUUAUGAGUAAAUAUUUCACCUCAGCAUCUCAUUGUAAAACUGCCCAACUGUGGUAAAUAUAAACCGCACAAAAAGCAUGCCAGUACAUAUACUGCCAUAUCAAACUAACUCCCAUGGAUUUCACUGUAUAUAUAUAUAGUACUACUUAUCUUGUUUAAUGUAUUCUUCUCAACAGCAGAAUGUAUGAAGGGUAGAAACUAGUGAGCUAAAUCAGGGAUAUACAGUAGAGCUGUGACAUGCUGUUGGUACAGCUGCUUUCUUGGAAAAGGUUGCAGUCUAGUGGUUAAAAUGAGAACUGCAGCCAAACGCUUGAACAACCACGUUUACAAGGUGUUCAGAAGUGAAGAACAACGCCACUGAAUUUGAUAUGUGUCAGUGUCACUGGGGCAGUUUUGGUGAACAUUCAACCAUUUUUUCCCCCCCACACACACAACCCAAAUUGUGUUGUCGCACCAGUGUACAGCUCAGGAUUGGUUGAGGUGACUGCUGCGGUACCUGUGGUAGUUUCAAGGGUCAUAGCUAUGUUUUAUGGUUCAGACCUGAUAGCACUACAAUUUUAUAAAGCUUACUGGGGUGGAAAGGUUUAGAAAAGACCUUGUAGGAGUUUACAAUCAUGCUCCUCUUCUUUUAUAACGGAGCCCCCCCGAGGUUGAACAUCCCAGUGACACCACAGAUUACAUUUGAGGACGUUUUUUUAUGUGGGUAAAGCUGGGCGAUAGAGAAAUGUCAUUGUUUAUCUACUGUUGGAUUAGUAGCGUAAUUAUAUGUUCAUAUUGCUUUCCAAGAUUCAGUUCAAAACUAAUAUUCCGACUGAGAAGUUUUUAUUAAACACACUUAAAGCUGCAGUGGGUAGAAAUGGAGCAAAUAUAAUAAGAAAAAGUUAUUUUUAUAAAACGGUCACCAUAUCCUGACAGUAGUGCAUGAGACAGGUAAUCUGAAAAGAAUCAUG